GUGGUCGGGUGGACGUUGGAGAGGCGCGACCUUGCCAUCAUGUUAAACACUACGCCAUGUUUGAUUGUACCGUGCCAUUUGAAUACGUGCAUUGUGAAGUGUGCUUUGAUGAGAAUAUCGUCAAAAGAUGCGAACAUUUCAGGUGGUCGUGCAAGGCGCACGUCGCUCCCGGCCGCUCUCAGCGCCAUCGGCUCCGACGCAGCUUUCACAAGCUCUACCGGCUCUACGCGAUACAACGAGGUGGACAGCGGUGGCGGUGGCUCUGCCGAAGUGAUGGUGUACUCUCUCGGCUGGGGCAUGGGCGAGCCGGAGCGGCGCGGCGCGGAUCGCAAGCGCGCGCAGCCGCCGGCCGCGGUGCACUCGCCUCUCUCUCAGCUCUCCACGCUCUCGCAGCUCUCACAACUCUCGCCAGAUGAAGGACACGAGGUCGACGUAUUGCCUCUACACAAUCAGGUGGGGGGUCACACCAGACUGCUGGUGCUCAACGACAGCACCGUCAUCAAGCCGCUCAAUAUCCGCGAGUUGCAUUUCUACCAGAACAUUCCCGAGGACAUACAAAGCUUCGUACCCCGAUACAAAGGCGUGAUGCAGGCUUCUAACACAGGAAGCACGAAAUUGGACAAGCGGUACUCGCCAUGUUUCCGCGAGGAGAACGGCCGCAAGCAGUCCCUGGGCGGCAAGCGCAAGCGCGACGACGUGUUCAAGUUCAAAGUGCACCGAAACGGCAAUGCUAGUGAGGUGCUCAAAAGUAUUGCGCACAUGGACAACUCCAACAAGCAAUAUUUCCUAAUGAUGGAGAACAUCACUUCGUCGUACCGGCGGCCGUGCGUGCUCGAUCUGAAAAUGGGUACGCGGCAGCACGGCGACGACGCCUCCGCCGAGAAGCGCAGCAAGCAGAUCGCCAAGUGUGCCGCCAGCACCUCCGCCACGCUCGGCGUGCGGCUCUGCGGCAUGCAGGUGUACGUGCCAGAGACGGGGGCGUGCAUCCGGCGCGACAAGUACUGGGGCCGCGCGCUCACCGAGAGCGGGCUGCGCGAGGCGCUGCGGGACUUCUUCGCGGGCGGACACGCCGGCCCCGCCGCGCUCGCCGGACACGCGCCGCGCGCGCGCGUCGUGCGCCGCGUGCUGCGCGACCUGGACGCGCUGCGCCGCGCCAUCGCCAAGCAGACCAGCUACCGGUUCUACUCCUGUUCAUUAUUGAUAGUGUACGAGGGUGACGUAAGCGGUGCGACGAGCGCGGAGGACGCCGGCGCGACCACCAGCGAGUACGAGGCGGACGCGUCGAGCAGUUCUGCAGAGGCGCCCUCGCCGGGACAUUUCGACAUGUCGACACUGCACGACGAGAUCUCGUCGGACGGCCGCGAGCCGUUCCGGCCGCACUCGGAGGAGACGAUGGGCGGGUACGAGGAGGGCGAGGCGGGCGAGGACGGCGCGCACUCGCUGCGCCGGCACCCGCCGAGCCCCGACUCGGCCGACAGCUGGAUGGCGUACUCGUCGACGAGCAGCGAGUCGUGGCGCGGGUCGGCGGAGGCAGAGGCGCCGUCGCCGCCGGACGGCAGCGGCAAGCGCGCGCGCUGUUCGCGCUGGCCCGCCGCGCGCCUGCACGAGCCCGACGAGCGCGUCGACAUCCGCAUGAUCGACUUCGCGCAUACGGCGUACGCGGGCGCCGCCGCCGAGUCGCCGCUCGCCACGGCCACGCCGCACCACGGGCCCGACUGCGGCUUCCUCACCGGCAUCGACAGCCUCAAGCGCCUGCUCACCGAGAUCCUGGCGCCGCCGCCCUACAGUUAAUGGGGCGAUAGUCGAUUUGCCAGAGCCGUAUGGCCGCUUUUUAGAAAAAAAUAUAUUCAAAAAUGAACCUCCUUUUCGGAUUUCAUUCUGGAAGUAUCGCGGUGGGCCGCCGGAGCCGUCGUGGCCGAGAGCGCGCGUUGCGCGGUUGCGUCGGGAUCUUCUCCCCGAGGUCAGGUGGACUCGUCGGAACUACAAUAUGGAACUGUUUUCCUCGAAAAUUUUUAAAUGUUCGACUGAUGUAACUUUACGUAGGAAAAUUAUAACCGGGUCGUGGCGCGAUCACAUGAAGCGAAGUAAUGCAGGGUAUGUGGCGUGUGUGGUGUGGCGCGGCCGCCGUGCGCGGUGGUGUGGCGGCGCGUGAUGUGGCGUGUGGUGGCGUGUGGUGACGUGUGGUGACGUGUUGUGGCGUGAUGUGGCUUCAUGUGGCCGCGCGACCCUCGCACCUAGUGAAUGUUGGCGGUACGAGCUGCGUUAAUUUAAUCUUAAACAAUUAUUAUUAUAAUUUUUAAAGUGGGACCCAGUAGUUACGUUUAAACUGUGUAUAUGUAUAAGUAUUAUUGUUAAGUUAUUCCAGAUUGACUUGCUGUUGAGUUGUGCUCUGAGCUUAUUUCUUUGACUCGGUUUCAUCAGAUCGUUCGCUUCGUGAGUUUAGUUUGCUUAACGUCGAGCAGACAUUCCCUGACGUCACUUAUGUGCAGGUUAUCGUUUUGUUGCCAGCUCCUCGCUCCUCCGCAUUAUGUCUAGGUCACACUGUUUGCUUAGAUGCCAUAACCCUUACUUGUUCAUAUCUAAUCCCAGUCAUCGAAGCCAAAGUUAACGUAGAAUAAACAUGUAACGUAAAACGGAGAACAAGCAAUUAUUUGUUCCCUGUGUAAUAGCCGCGUAGGACUAUAAUGUACCUACAAUUUGUUGAAAUGAUCGAUGUAUAACGAAACAAUGAUUUUACAUAGUAAGUGCGGGAGCUGAAAGUGUAUCGCGUGGCGUGUGGCAUGUCUAUAUCGGCGUGUGACACGCGUAUUUUGACUACAGGAGUUUAUUGUAACUACGCUAACAGUAUUAUACAGUAAUAGGUAAAUGUGAGAGUAGUAUGCAUAUGACAUUAAAUAUUGUAAAAAACUUUAAAAGUUAUUGUGGAAAGGUUUUUGUAAAAUAUGGCGGCGAGCCCCUUGUAAAUAAUAUGUAAUAUAAAAUUCGCCGUGUGAAUACGAGUUGAAUAUUUUCCGAAGUGGGUCAGUGUAAACGGCUAGUACCGCACACUAGAUGGUGAAUGUGUGCCCACUAGCGAUAGCCAACAUUCCUUUGUGCUGCAUUCGUAAUUGUUUGUCCUUUUACUUUUAUUAGUGGGUUAAAUUUUGAAAAGUACCUGGUUUAAUUAGGAUGCUAGGUUGUAUUAUAAAUUAUCAUUUAUGUCUGUUAUUUUAAAUAACUGUAUGACACUAUUUUGUUAAAUAAAUUUUAGGUAUUAAA